AUGGUUUCUUUUAUCCCUGACAUUGCUAUUAUGGCUAUACCUGCUUUAAUCAAGAAGAUCAUACAUAAUCCUUUAAUAAGAGCGUUAGUCAUAAGAGCGAUGGGUUAUGUAAGUGUUGAAAUGGUGGCGGUAGAUGCAUUAGUUGAUUCAUCAAGACAUUCUUUACGAGAUCAGGUUCUUAUCUACAGCCAAUUAAUCAAUGUAUAUUUUGUAUCAGGUCCAUCAAAUGAUAUUUCAUUUAAAAUAAUAGAUAAAGAUUGGUAUCAUUUGGAUGAGCUUGAAGCAGAGGCAGCGGUGAUUUGGGGCGAUCCUUGGUAUUGUGAUAAAUGCCUUGCAACAUCGUCUGAAGUGGUAGCAUGUAUCUUAUGUCCAAAGAGGACCGGCGCAUUCCGCCGAUUAAAAGAAGAAGAAGGAUUUGAAACAAAUGGAUGGGUGCAUCUAGUUUGCGCAUUGUGGAUGCCUGGUAUGUUGAUUGAAAAUCCUCAGAAAUUAACCGAGGUUAAAAUCGACAGUGUGAAUGAGUUGAAUUGGAAAAAGAAAUGUUGCAUUUGCCCAAAAGAAGUUUCCAAUCAAGGUGCAACAGUUUGUUGUGACUUUUCUGGUUGUCAAAAUUGGAUCCACAUAACAUGUGCUCACGAUUAUAACCUUUUGGAAUUGAAGAAUAAUCCUGAAAUGGUUGAUCCAUAUUUUGUUUACUGCAAAGGACAUUUCUCGCAAGCCAAUGCUCGUCUUAAUGAAUGGGUAAAAUGGGUUCGGGAGCACCAAACGGUUAUAAAGAAAGCUAGAACCAAAGAUCAGGCUGGAGGUACAACAGAUUUAAGAAACAUUUUUGAAAGUAGUUAUACCGAAUAUCAAAAACACAGAGAAAACAGCAUAAUCAAAAUCAGAAAAAAUAUAGCACAACAAUACUCAAAAAUUAAUAGCGAUAGAAAGAAAUUACAAAGAGCAAAGGAACUAAAUGAAACAUUCCAAGAAAUGAGAAAUGUCGCAGAAGCUGAGGCAGUCGAAUUGUUUAAUUAUUUAAACCAACUAAAACAUCAGAAUGCUGAUUUCAAUGUUGUCGAAGAAAAUGCAACCAAUAGUAACGAUAGUGGUUACGUUGCCUUUAAUUAUAAUGAAGUAGAUAAACAAAUAAAAACUGGAGAAAUGGAACAAUCAAUGGAUGAAAUUCGAGCUGCAAUAAAUAGUGUACCAAGUUCAGUAUCAGAUUGGAAUAAAGAAAUGGUAGACAGAGCAAAAAAAAUUAACGUUAAACUUUUGGAUUCCAAAAACAUCGAAUCAUUAGGAUUAUUAAAUGUACAAAAGGCUCUCCUUCAAAGAGAAUACGCACAAAAAUUAAAGAGAGAGAGUUAG